AUGCCGGAACCAACCCCCACACAUACCAUAGAAACCCGCGAGAGAAAGCCAUUUCUCAAGGCCGCGGAAGAAAACAAUGAUACUGUGGUGAUUGCCGAGAAGAGCUACAUCACCAGCGAGCGGCUGCCAGCUGUUUCCCUCGCCAACGACAUAGAAAACCCUGGUGUUGCUCGAGCCAACGCUGCGGUGUCUGUGGAAAAGCCCGAGGGCGAUCUUGAAUGGGCUAGAAAGGUUGAUGGUUAUUCCCCUCUUCAGCAGCACAUCCUCUUCUGGGAUGGCGAUGGCGAUGGGAUAAUUUAUCCCUGGGAUACCUACAAUGGGUUUCGUGAACUAGGCUUUAAUCUGUUCUUCUCAGUACUUGCGACCUUCAUCAUCAACGUCAACUUCUCCUACCCCACACGCUUAGCAUACUCGUGGUUGCCCGACCCAUGGUUCCGUGUCUAUAUACCAAGCAUUCACAAAGCUAAGCAUGGUUCGGAUAGUGGCGUCUACGAUCCCGAGGGUCGUUUCGUACCGCAUUACUUCGAAAAUUUGUUCUCGAAAUGGGAUAACGAUAAUGAUGGAACUCUGACACUUCGGGAGCUUUUCCAGCUAAUGCACGGCAACAGAUGCGCCGCUGAUCCUUUUGGGUGGUUUGCAGCCUUAUUUGAAUGGGGAUCAACUUGGCUUUUAAUCCAAAAGGACGGUAAAACAUACAGAGAGGAUCUACGAGCGGGCUCGCUGUUCUGGAAAAUCCGAGAAGCAAGAAAGACCCCAACUGGCUGGAAGCAAGGUUGGGGCUUAGGAGGCGAUGGGUUUAUCGGAGGACAAAAGAUGUUUUAA